CUCAGAGCCCGGCCCCUUCAAGUGCGUAGCUGGGCCACUAUCUAUCCCCCAUGCCCUUGUGCUCUCCAUCCUCUGCGUCUUCUGCUCGUUCCUGAAUUCCCUUCUUCUCUCCGCCACCUGCAUUGUCUCCCUCAUCGCGUAGAUUCCUCCAGGUGCUGGCGUCGCGUGCUGCGGUGUGGGUUGCGGAGGAGGUGGUUGCGAUUUUGAUGGUAUGUUGUGCGUUUGGUUGAGAUUGUCGAGCUGCGUGGGUCGAGAUCUCGUCGUCUUCCUCUUGCCGAAGCAGGUUUAUUGUGAGAUUAUCUGAUUCCGGGAAGUAAGGUCCUUGAGAGAGUGGAUUAGGCUGAGCUCAUUAUUGGCAGCGGCGAGAUAGAAAUGAAUCCACCACAAGGCGGCAGUAGCGCCAGCUCCUUGCCUCGAUGGAUGACGUUCGGUAUCUGCUUGGUUUUGCUGUCUAGCACGUAUCUCGUGCCAGUGUCCGCUACCUAUCCUAAUGAGAAACGCACGAUAGGCAUCAACUAUGGUAGACUUGGCGACAAUCUGCCCACCGCGAAAGAGACAGUGCAACUGAUUAGGAAUCUGGGGAUAGGGAGAGUGCGAAUCUUCGAUCACGACGGGCCGACCAUCAAGGCCUUCGCGGGGUCAGGGCUAGAUUUCAUAAUCGGAAUGGGGAACGAUGAGAUCCCUCCCCUCGCAAACGAUCCCAGCGCCGCUGAUGCGUGGGUGGCUGCCAACGUCGUCCCCUAUUACCCGGCCACCAACAUAGUCUACAUCAUGGUGGGUAACGAGCUCUUCGCCAACGCAGAUCUCUCCGCAACCUGGCUCAAAGUCGUGCCGGCCAUUCAGAACAUCUACAAGAGCCUGAUGAACCGGAACUUGUCGUCCAUUCACGUCUCCACUGCAGCUGAGUUUGGCAUUCUUACCAACUCCUUCCCUCCCUCCCAGGGGGUGUUCCGGUCGAACGUCGCAACUGACGUUAUGAUCCCAUUGCUCAAACAUUUGGAUGCCACACACUCGUACCUCUUCGUCAAUGUUUACCCCUACUUCGCAUGGGCUGCGAACACCCAGUCCAUCCCUUUAGACUACGCCCUGUUUUCUCGUAACAGCACAUUGACGACGGAUGGGAAAAACGAGUACACCAACCUUCUAGAUGCUCAAUUGGACGCAAUGGCAGCGGCUAUGGCUGGUGUGGGAUACGGCAACGUGAGAAUUGCCCUCAGUGAGACAGGGUGGCCCACUAUUGGAGACUCUACAGAGGCUGGAGCAAACAUCCACAAUGCGAAGACUUACAACCAAUGCUUGGUGAAGCACAUUUUGAGCAAUCCCACCAAGGGAACACCAUUGAGGCCAGGCAUCUUCAUUCCCACCUUCAUCUUUGCCUUAUUCAACGAGAAUGAGAAGCCUGGACCGACGACCGAGCGCAACUGGGGCCUCUUGUACCCGGAUGGCAAACCCGUGUACCCGAUUGACAUCAAAUCUUACAGCGAAACGGUGUCUGGAUCUCCAGAUGCAGGAACUGCUUCCCCAGGGGUUGCCGGACUUACUGGCAACAGAUGUAACGGCAAGCCCAGCGUUCUCCCGAUGGGUGCUUCAUUUUUGGGAUCUGUUUUCAAUCUUAGGAUCUAGAACCGUAGCUGUCCAUCACACGAAUAGUCCGUUGGAUAUAUUGUACACUAGAUUUGUAUCACUCUUCCGCGUACUGGAUCGUCAUGGUAACAUGACCCUUUCAAUCCGAACCGUUCAUUGGUGAAGAGCUCAAGCAUUACGUCUAAAGGCUUCAACGUAUUAACCUUCACACCUCUUUCCAUAUUCUAGUUCGAUGUGACGGUGGUGGUUGUGACUGAUUCUACUUUCCGUGACUAAUUGAUACUAACGUUGUCAGCUCUGCACGAAAUA